AUGUCCGCAGGGGACCAGUACGAAGAUGCUGACUGCGUGUGUUCCAAUGGAAUGAAAAUCACUUACAUUAACGAUCCGAAACUGCCUCAGGAUGUGAAGCAGUUUGACGCGUUUCAGGAAUGGACGGACGGCUACGUGAGAUACAUUUACGUCGCUGACGAUAAAAACGCGCAGAGGCACCUGAGUGGCUGGGCCAUGAGAAAUACCAACAACCACAACUGCCAGAUCCUGAAGAAGUCUUGCCUGGGAGUGGUGAUAUGUUCCAGUAACUGUACACUCCCCAACGGUGGCAAACUGCAGCUCCGGCCGGCUAUUUGUGACAAGGCUCGUCAGAAGCAGCAGAAGAAAGUAUGUCCAAACUGUAACUCAGGAUUGGAGCUGGUUCCAUGUCGAGGUCACAGUGGCUAUCCAGUGACUAACUUCUGGAGACUUGAUACCAAAGCCAUAUUUUUCCAGGCCAAAGGAAUUCAUGACCAUCCAAGACCAGAGAGUAAAUCAGAAACAGAAGCAAGAAGAAGUGCUGUUAAAAGACGACUGUCCUCUCCACAUUUUACACACAAAAAGCGGCACAUGGAAUCAGAGGCAAAUAGAUACCAUGACAGUGGUGGUCCCUUCAACAGCCUCCACCACUUGCCUUGCAUGGAAGCUCCAGAUAGAUAUGGCAUAAUAACAGAACCAAGCUUUCCCAUUCCAACGCAUCACUACUCCCCUUUUCAAAAUACGGAGCCUUACAAGCCUACUUAUGACCCCAGCAACAACAUAGGAGAGAUGACUUCACCACUUCAGAAGGUCUGCAAUCCACGGAUCUAUAUGCCUCGAGGUUCCUGUGGCUAUGAUUUUGCUGUGCCUGGUUACAUGGGCUCCAGCACUUACCCAGCUCUUUACAAAGAUACUGGUAAUAUACAAUCUGAGGCUGACCCAGGAAAGAUGUGCAUGCAGCUUAAUGGAUCCCAGCAUAGCAUGGGUUCUUUGAAUGUCCAUGAUCGGAACUUUGAUGUACCAAAUAAACAUCAUGGAUGGAAGCAAAUAUUGAAAGGAGGAUAUGGGGACAGGAAUGACUGUGGGCAUAUCGCACCCAAUGCCAGUCAUUAUUACAAUGGAGAAUACCCUUGCAGAAUAGCUGGUUCUGGAUCUACUCCUCCAGCUUUACAAACUAUCAUAACCACAACUACCAAGGUCUCCUAUCAAACUUACAAACCUAUGAGCAAGUUUGGUGAUAAUAUUUGUGAUGCCAAAAAUCUUCCAAACUGCAACCAUUUGGCAGACAUCAUGCCUCCUACCAUUUAUCCUGAGACAAAGUUCCAAGAGGACAAUGGUGUGAUCAAGUCAUCCCUAGCCUAUCAACAGGAAGGAACUUCUAAAACAGAGUGGGCUGAAGGCCUGGAAAACUACAGAUAUGGAAGUUGUUCCACAAACUCCUAUCCUGAGCGAUUAGUUCAUCCCUUCAGGUGUGAUACUGGAGAAUACUGAAAACAAACUGAACAAAUAUUUGCAUUGAGUUGAAUAUAAUUGUUGUCAUUGUCACUGAUCAUGGUUCCCAUCCUUUAUACAGAACCUACCCCUUGGAUUGAUGUACAUAAAGAUCAAUAUUUCAAUCCACUAAAGACCUGGCUUGCAAGAGAUGCCAUGCUAAUCUAAAUAGAAAGCUAUGUGUGCAUUAAGGAUUACAAUUUUAGUCCUGUUGUUAACUAAAAUGUACACUACCUUUGAAAUGCUUCAAUGAAAACCUGGUGAAUUGAUCUGUAAUUGAACUAUAAGUUAACCUGGAACCUUCAAAAUAAGCCCGAGAAAGCCCCGUAAAACAAGGAACAAACCCGAGUGGAAUUCAUUGAACUGAACUGUUCCCAAAUCUUCAAAAAUGUUUCCUUUAGUUCUUGACCAACCUGAAACACUUCAGGUAUAAAACUGUAAUUCAAACCAUUGAGGCUUGCCUAGCUAAAGAUAAUAAUUAUUUCAUCUCUUCCAUAUAUCCAUGUUAAUAUCCUUCACCGUCAACACUUAUCAUUAUGGAAGCUAUUGGUAUAUGCACAGUUAAAUGCUUGAUAUAAAAAUAUGGUGAAAUAAACUGAUUAGAUUUGUUAAACGAGU